AUGGGUGCGCCGUAUCAUCCGGCAACGAAUGGUCAAGCUGAGCGAUACGUUCAGACCAUCAAACAGAAGUUGAAGGCUUUGAAGUACCCCAAGUCUAAGUUAAUCCUGGAGCUAUGCAACACCUUACUCACUUAUCGCAAAAUGAUUCACCCAUCAACGGGAACAUCACUAUCAAUGCUUGUAUUCGGCCGACAGAUCCGUUCGAGACUCGACCUUUUGCUGCCGAAGAACGAAACUUCAACCAAGGCUGAUAUUGUGGUACGUCAGUUCCUGGAUGGUGACCGAAAUUGCGUACGAGAUUUCUUAUUCAAAAAUAAGUGGAAGUUUGGCAGGAUCGCCGAAAAAGUUGGGAAGCUACGAUAUACUGUUCGAUUGGAUGAUGGGCGAAUCUGGGAACGUCACAUUGACCACAUAGUUGGUGUGGGCGCUAAUCUUCAGGAGGUGUCGGUGGACGCUCCUAGGGAGGAGUUCAUUGAAUACCACGAGCCAACUGUUUCUGCUGCGGUUGCUUCUGCGCUUACGGACCCGGUGGAUGAGGCUACUGGUACGACACCGGUGGUUUCCUGCGGUAAUACUACAACUUCGACAUCGGUCCCCGCUGCGGAGCAUUAUUCAGUUGGCGAGGUUGGUCAGCCUACGGUGUGGGAAUCUACACCACAUCUACGACGAUCCAGUCGUACAGUCAAGGUUCCUCAGAGAUUGAAUUUAUAA